UUUUGCUUUUGAACUUUUUUUUAUUCUGAACGAUCAAGGCAGGCACCAGAACGCCCCUGACCCUGAGACUGGUAUGAGAUCUCAAAUCAUUCUUCUCUCCAUUGCUAUCUUAAACCCAAACCCCAAGAGUGUCUGCAAAAUCCAUGGCAGAUGCUCACGUAAUACACUUCCAAACAGAACACCAACCUCCACCCCACACCCCUCUUCUUGAUGAUGAUGAUACUAAUAAUGAAAAUAGUAACAGUAAAUCAACUCCUAAUCACAAUCCACAACAACAAAACCAAGGGAUUAGUAUUCCAAACCAAAACAUCAAUCAAGCACUAGAAAAGCUUGAAGCAUAUCUAUCAUUUCUGGGAUUCAAUCAAUCUUCUCUUAAGAGUUUUCUGCUAUCAUGGGCUGCUUUUUUGCUGAUUGGUGUCUUGCUUCCGGUAGCACUACUGGAGCUGUCCCAAUGUUCAGGGUGCGACAAGUACCAGAUUAGGGAUUUCGAGCUUGAUAUUGUGGCAUCACAGGCCUGUCUUGCGGCUGUUUCUUUGAUUUGCUUAUCGCAUAAUUUACGCAAGUAUGGUAUUAGAAAGUUUCUCUUUGUUGAUCGUUUUGGUGGCCAUAUAUCUCGCUUUUCCCUUCUCUACAUUCGACAGAUUAAGGAUUCUUUACGCUUGCUGAUCCUCUGGUCGCUGCCAUGUUUCAUUCUGAAAGUUACGCGUGAAGUCAUCCGCGUCUCGUAUGUACGUCAUGAAUCAUGGUUGAUGUCUACUGCUGUUUUAAUUGGUCUGAUUAUAUCCUGGAGUUAUGUGAGUACAAUAUCUUUAUCAGCCAGCAUUUUGUUUCAUCUAAUCUGCAAUUUGCAAGUAAUUCACUUUGAAGACUAUGCAAAGCUGCUGGAAAGGGAUUGUGAUGUUUUGGUUUUUAUAGAGGAGCACACCCGUCUGCGUUAUCAUCUCUCUAAGAUAAGUCAUAGGUUCCGAAUCUUUCUUAUUCUCCAGUUCUGUGUUGUUACAGCUAGUCAAUUUGUGACUCUAUUCCGAAUCACAGGCUAUCGUGGAAUUAUUACUGGUAUAAAUGGCGGUGAUUUUGCGGUUUCCUCGACUGUCCAGGUUGUUGGGAUAAUCCUUUGCUUGCAUGCUGCUACAAAAAUAUCCCAUAGAGCCCUGGGUAUUGCAUCCAUAGCAAGUAGAUGGCAUGCGUUAGCAACAUGUGGUCAAAAUGAUACAUCUCAACUGAGAGUUUCAAACAGUACGGGGAACUUAGAAGCUGCGAAUCUACAAAACUCAGCACGGAUAAAUUAUUCUGAAAGCGAUUUAGAGUCAUUUGAUUAUAUUGCAAUGCCUACAAAUAUGCAGUUGGCAUCCUACAUGACCUCAUAUCACAAAAGGCAAGCAUUUGUGCUAUAUUUGCAGAACAAUCCUGGGGGAAUAACUAUUUUUGGCUGGACUGUCGAUCGAGGACUUAUUAACACAAUCUUCUUCAUUGAACUCUCUCUAAUUACCUUUGUUCUUGGAAAGACAAUAGUUUUCUCUUCUUGAUGAAAAUCCCCAUGACAGGAGCACUCUAAAGAUCUAUUUCUUCCACAACUUUGCUGUCGAGAAACCCCUCCAGUAACCACCAAGACGAACCCAUCACUGCUCCCAGGGUUGACCCUUGAUGGGUUCAGGGAGUCCAUUUGUUGAUUAGAUCCCAUCGCCCGCUUCUGGCAUCUGAUUGGUAUCCACGAAUAUUGAAGCGGCGAAUCGGAUGAUAACCAAGGAUGCCUGCAUGUCAUAGCUUACAAGGGAGGUGGAGAGAGACAACGUGUCUCCGCGUUUAGUGUAAUUUCCGAGUUACAAGCUCGUAUGCCAUUCAGAUGAUGUUUUCUGGAUAACCUGAAAACAAACCCAUACCUCGGCUGCUAGUAGUCUCUGUCGAAUUAUGCAGCGAGUCAAGAUAUUAAACGUGUCUCCGCGUUUAGUGUAAUCUGUGAGUUACAAGCUCCCGGAAUUAUGUAUUUUUUGUAUGUCGUUAAUGUUCUGUGCAUGAAUCA